UUCGUGGUGGUUACUUCAUCAAAUAAGCUUGAUUGUUUACAUUUUCUUGCUUCGGCUUGGCUAUAUCCUCCCACCAACGCACAAUAUUUGCUUUAUUUUAUAAAGAUUCAUAAUGGGUAUAACAAAACUUUCUGACUUAAUCCGCAAUGAAGCACCCAGUGCCAUCUCUUACAAGGAAAUAAGUGACUACACAGGAAAAGCCGUUGCUGUGGAUGCAUCCAUUGUGCUCCAGCAGUUCCGCACUGCGAUCCCAAGACUACAUAACCGCAAUGGAGUAAAUCUGAGCCCCCUCACUGGCCUGUUCUUUCGGACACUGAGCUUUCUGGAGCAUGACAUUAAGCCCGUUUUCAUAUUUGAUGGGCGUCCACCCGAACAGAAGAAGAGAGUGCUAGAGAAAAGAGCCCAGGCUGCUGGCUGGUCAGGGUCCUAUUGCUCCAGCUCAGUUUCCACUCAGAACCAGGACUGCAAGAGUCUCCUGCAGCAUUUGGGUGUGCCUUAUGUUCAAGCACCUGGAGAUGCAGAGGCCUACUGUGCCCAGCUGGUGAAGGAUGGGAAGGUGGAUGCCGUGGCCUCUGAGGACAUGGACACCAUGGCGUUUGGGAGUGACCUGCUCAUCCGCCAACUCAAUGCUAAGAAGAACAGCGAGGUCAUGGAAUACUCUCUGCCCAAGGUACUGGCUGCGCUGCAGCUGACAUACAGAGAGUUUGUAGACCUGUGCAUCUUGCUGGGGUGCGACUACUGUCAGAAGAUACAGGGUCUCGGGCCAAAGAAGGCCCUGAAGCUGAUUCAGAAGCAUAAAACUAUAGAGGCGGUGGUGCUACACAUCAACAGAGAGACACACCCUGUCCCACAGGAAUGGCGGUACAGAGAAGCCCGUGAGCUGUUCUUCCAGGUGCCUCACGGGAGUCCGCCAGCUCUGGUUUGGAAAGAGCCUGAUGAGCAGGAGCUGGUCAAGUUCUUGUGCCGCGAGAAACAUGUGAAGGAGGAGAGGGUAAGACGACGGAUGGAGAAUUUCCGUCAAACUCUGAGGGAGAGGAGAAGAGAAAGAGAGGAGACAAGCAAAGCUGAGAAGAGCAAACAGACCUGCAUAAAGGACUUCUUCCGGGUGACUCGAAAGAGAGAGGCCGCAGCAGUCUUGGAGGUGAGAGGGAAGAGGGCUAAGCCGGAAUAAGUCCCAAACUGCAAUGAGGACUGUCUGAUUUUUCCAUUUGACUGAUGAAGAUGCCUUAUUACAGUGCUGAGUUAAUACAAAGCUUCACUGGACAGCAAACCUUCUCCAAGCAAUCUCCGAGGGUGGAUGGAUUACAUUAAAAGGGGGAACUAAUUUUGUGGACAGCCAAUGGUAUAUUGCUGGUUGGAUGCCCUACUGUUGUGCUCCAAAAAGUAGACCUGCUUUAGUUUCGAUUUGCACAAUUCAUGCUGUAAACAGACAGAUCUGAUAGCAUUCUUAUCUCAUUCCUUUACGUUUGUUCACUGACAUAGAUUUUGUGAUACAUUUGUGAUACAUUUAAUCUCUUUACAAACAAUCUCUUUUACCAACACUUUUAGUGUUAUUAGCCAAUAAUAUGGGAUGCUCAUGUGACCACAAAAUAUGCCCAGCUAUUUUAGUUUUACACAAAAGAACAUGUUCAAUCAUGAGUGUAACUACUACUCUACUUCAUUGCCUUAAUAACCAACUCGGUUUGAAAUAAUGUAGCGAGCUAACUGCCAUCCAAUCGUGGUGCUGUGUGCCAAAAAUUGUAUCACAUUAUUCUGAUGGUUAUUUGGUAUUUUAUAAUUUAUUACUGUUUAAGUGGAGUGUAGGUUGGAAUGUAAAGGCUCAGAUUCAGUCCCACCAGGGUUAGGCUGAGUUCUUUGCCUUACCAGCGAUGACAUACCAGUUUCCUACAGGCUGUAGUCAUCAGUGAGAGAUGUCUCCUGCAUUUGCGCUAGCUGUCCUGUAGUACUAUGUGGUCUUUUGAGCAAUCCCAGUACUGGGGACCCACUGUGUGUGUUGGUUUUCUUUCCUCCUGGAAUUGCAGAAAACUGCUAAUUGUUCUUAUUUAGACAUUUUAAUGUCUAACCCUCUUGCAGCCACAUGAUAUAAAAAAUAUCUAGGCAUUUUAAGGAAGAAAUAAGUCUUCAAAUAAAACAUUUAAUCGAACAUAUACACUAAUGCUAAUGAGUUUCUGUGCUUUAUGAGAAAUUGGAACAUAAUUUAUACAGAAUUUAGUAAAUGAUGUACUGUCAGGUAAAAAUCUAUAUGAUGGUAAUUGCUGAAAGUGACUAUUUUUGAAGAAUUAACUUGACAGCAUAUGUCAAAGACCAAAGCUUCAACUUAAAAUAAAUGUUAUACAAAAUGAUUGAAGAACAAUUGAGCAAAAUGUGGCCUUUAACAAAAACCAGCAAGCACAGUGGGGCCUGGGGAUUCAUUUUGCGCAAUGCUGGUUUAGUGAGUAAUCUGUCUUGUGGAGGCAGGUGCACUGCAAUAAUGCAUACAGUUCAGCUGCAGUGCUCCUUGUAUGCCUGGGGGGACAACAAUGAUGCAAAAGGCACACAUCACAAUUCAAAAUUUAGAAGAAGAAAUGCAGAGGUUAUAGAGGUUAUAUCUGUAGCCUAAUAUUUAGCUGCAUUUGAUGUCUUUAGUUGUGUGCAUGUAUCUUCAAACUUUUCAGUCAGAGGCCAGUACCAUUACUUGCUAUUCUGUUUCUGUUGCCCUAUUCUUGUAGCCCUGUGUGAUUUUUACUAUGAUGGCAGUCACAGUUAUAUUAGUCACUCCAGAUUAUAGCAGCAUCUGGGAAAUAAAUGAAUGGAUGAACAUAGUUUAAAAAGCUGAGAAAAAGCAAGUGAGACUCAUCUUUAUAAUCUCCAGUGUAAUCCAUAUGAAACCCAAUUUACAUUGUAAAAAGUGCUUUAAGUACAAAA